AUGAGGAGCUUGGGUCGGUGUGUGCCUGAGGAGUGGGUAGCUCGGGAGCUCCGUGUCAAGGGGAAACUCAACUAUGACUCCAAAGCUCUACCGACGGCGGAGGAGCAUCUCUUGCUGCGGUUCAAGACUAAAGGCGAUCGGGAGGCGACGAUGGCGAACGACCCAGUCGUCGCCAGGCAACUCCUCACUAUGGAUAGGUGGCAACCGGACUUCAUCCCAGGGGUGAAGUGUGUGCACAGGGUGUUAGCUUGGAUUCGCCUCCCACGGCUGCCGGUGGAAUAUUGGGAGCGCGAAUCCAUCCGGGAGAUUGCCGCGGCAGCCGGUCGGCUAGUGGCGGUGGAUGAAUUCACCGAGCGGCAAUGCAAGCUAGGGUUUGCGAGGGUGAGGGUGGAACUGGACACGAGGUUGCCGUUGAAGCCGAGGCUAUUUGUCCAAAGCCCAUCGGAAAGAUUCUGGCAGGCUUUCGUAAACGAAAGCUUGCUGGUGGUGUGCUACCGGUACGGGCAGAUCGGAGGUUUGUUAGUUUCCUCCUCUCGGGUGCCGUUGGGGGCUGGUGGGCCUGAGGUGCCGGGAAUGGACCCCGGAGCGGUUGACAAGGAGCAGUGCCGAGGGGGUGGUCGUCUGGUCUUCGAACCUUGA